UCUAUAAAAAAUAAUAAUAAUAAAAUCGCCAUGUGGAGAAAUGAACGGACUUUACGCUCAAACGGGAGCGGCUAACGCUAGCCGCGCUAACCAGUUUGUAGCCGCUUUCUUGCCUCUGUCCUUUAUCUGCUGUGGUUGGAAGAAAGCAAGACGAGAUUAUAUUGUAAUACGAUAUAAGAGUUGUGUGUUUUGUUAUUGUAACGGUCUGUAAACCGGUUGUCACGUUCAUGUUUGUCUGUUGUCAUAGCUGCCGUGUUAGCAUGUGAACGGAUCACAGGAUACAAAUCAACAAGACUGCAUUAAAAACGUAAAUCUGAGGAUUAUAGCCACAAAUCAAAGGAUAAGAGCACAUCAUUCACAAGAUAAAACCCGUGAAGUCACUGGUUUGAUGCUGAUUGACUGCACAACAAUCACCUCCUGUGUUUAUGCUUUGUGUUUAUUUUGGCUAUAAUCAUCUUUGCUUAUUUUGCUCGGGUAACAUCAACAAACAGUGAACCUCUGUCAGCGGGGCAUGUGUGUGUGUUCCGGAGCAGCUGGGAGGAGAUGACCGAGUCUGUCCCUCCUGUGCUGCGUUCAUCAUCAUGGGGCCUGAUGUGCCCCUGCUCAACGAUUACAAGCAGGAUUUCUUUUGGAAGCGUUUCCCGCAAACUAUCUUGGGGGGUCUGAGGCUCAAACUCGGCUACUGUGCCCCGCCAUAUGUUUAUGUGCACCAGCUGGUGUUAUUUCUGACACCAUGGCUGUUGGGAGGCAUCGGGACCCUCCUGUACCAGCUGAAGGUGCUGGAUGAAACCUUUGCAGGUGUUGUUUCUGGGGUGCUCAUGCUGGGUAUUGGUGCCACCCUUCAGGGACUGGCACGGUGUAUGGCACACAGGACUGAAGUGGUGCAAAGGCUGCCUGCUGCCAAUAACAUUCUAGCAGAUGAGGAGGAGGUGGAGUUUACUCACUGUGUGGCUCCUGAGACGGUACAUUUUGUGGUGCCUGGGAAGAAGUUUAUGGGUAAUGUAGUUUUGCACACUUUUCUUGCUGGAGGACUGUGUGGCUUGUCCACAUGGUACCUGCUGCCGGACAGACUGAGCGGCCUGUAUGGGCACGGGGGGGCAGGACUGGGAGCCGUCAUGCCUUUGUUUGCCCUGAGCUGGGUGACUGUCUGUAUUGGGGAGUAUUCGCUCAUCGUCAACACGGCUACAGAAACAGCCACAUUUCAGCCGCAGGACACGUACGAGAUCACGCCGCUCACCAGGCCGCUCUACAUACUCGCCUUCAUUACCGUGGACCUGGCUCUAAGGUUUUCAGGUUCUGAUGUGGUAGAAUUGCAAGUAGCCGCUCAGGUGCUUCAUGUUUUGUUUGUGGUUCUCCCGGUGCUUUGGGCUUUGGGAAUGCUCUCUCCACUGGACGCUCUUCUGCUCUGGGCAAUGGAACAGACCUUAGUGCAUGGCCUGGGUGGGUCAGCCAUGUCCACCAAUAUCAGGCUCUUGGUGAUGUUUCUGUCAUCUGUGUGUGUUGCCAUCUGCACCUUCUUCAUUCCCUCCUCACUGGGUGUGGUUCUGUUCACUGUUGCAAUGGGUUACAUCCUCAGCCAGGACCUGAGCCAGCUGCUGGUGCUGGUGAAGGCCAAAUCUCCGACCUUCGGUCUGGGCUGGUGGGGGCUUCCUCUUUCACUGAUGUUCAUAAUUGUAGCUUUGACCGAGGCUGGACUUCUUCAUCAGCUUUACAUCAUCAACUCAGGGAAUCUAACAUUGGGUGUAAGUUCUAUAGAACACUGGGAGUCGUCUGUUGUAACCCCAAACCCACAGGAGAUGGUCGGCUGGAUCCUUGUAGCUCUGUUUCUUCUGACUUGUCUGUUGAGGGAGCUCCAGGGGGCGUGUGUUCUGGGAGGUGCCAUGCUCAACCCACUGUACCCCAAACGGGUCACGACUGCCCAGGCUUUCAGGCAGAAGACCCGAGGUCUGCGUGUUGCAGGGAUCAUCCGAAGGAUCCUAUUGAACCUCGUGAGUCCACUGGCGAUGAUUGCGUUUUUGUCUGUGGAUGAAUCUCUAGAGAAAUUGCACACAGCCUCUCUCGCCAUUGGCUUUACACGGGCAUUCAGGAUGGUGUGGCAGAGCUCUGAAGCUUCUUUGCUGCAGAUGGUGUUGGUGAUGAUCAUCAGACUUGCAGGGGGUCACAAAGUAACACGCUGGAAUGAAUUGGGCACUACAGUGCAGCUAAUACUGGUCUCUCUAGUUGUGAAUCGUGUGUCUCAGUUUGUAUGUAAGCUGAGUUUUGCUCUUACGGUGUUGAUCACAUCCUGGACGGAGAGUAAACAACGUCGUCAGUCAGCAGGAACUCUGUUAGCGCUUAAUGCUGCUCUGUUCCCAGUUCUGUUAGGUGUUGUGGCUCUUUCUGCCCUUCUGUCUGCCCCUCUACUUCCUCUCUUCACUCUACCUGUGUUCCUGGUGGGAUUCCCCAGGCCGCUGCGCUCGUGGCCGGGCAACCCAGGCACCUCCUGCCCUUGCCCAGAUUCUGUAUAUUACCAGCAGCUCUGCAAAAGACUAGCAUCUUCUAUCAGACCUGCACUUGCUAAUGGUGCUUUUGGUUCUUGUACUCCAGGGUCUCAUUACCUUGGCCGCUUCCAAGGUCGUCUUCUUUGGAUCUCUGUUUUAGAAAGAGGCUACGGCUAUUGCACUGUUAACAUUAAGGGUUUGGAACUACAGGAGACAUCAUGCCACACAGUGGAAGCUCGGCGUGUGGAUGAGGUUUUUGAAGGAGCGUUUGAUCAUGUAGAGCGGCCAGGCCAGUGUUUCCGGCUAUUGAACCCUCACUGGGGUAACAUUCUGACACCCUGCUCUGUGCUGCCAGUCAAGGUUUACUCUGACGCCCAGAACGUUCUAACUGGAAUAAUUGACUCCCCUGAUCACCUGCGUCAGCUUAAUUCUGACUUCCUUAAAACGCUGAUCUGGAUUUUAUUGCGUUACUGUGUACAGGAAUUGACACGUGGUGCUCAGCGAACAAAAGGUCAUUCACUACAGACCUCUGGUCGCAAGUCGCAAUGCUCUCAGCUUGCUGUGUCCUCAGAACCAGGUCCGGCUGUGGUUAAAAUUGCCAUGGACUCUCAAAUUCGACCUGAGUCCUCCUCAUCCUCUCAUUUGAGGGGGCAGGACAGCUCCAGCCUCUCAUCCUUUGCGGAUUGGUCUGACGAGGAUGAUCUGUUUGGUCCAGUCCCUGUACGGCGGCCGAUAAGAAUGAUGGUACGGACAGAUGAAGGACAGACAGAGUUAGGGUUGGGAGUGUCUCUUCCAGGUUCUGUAGAAAUUCACAGCCUGUACGAGAGCAUGGCUCUGUCUUCUCUCCCCACCCUUAGACCUCUGGGUCUGGGUUUGGGGCUCGGCCUGCCCAUUGUAGAUAAAGGGAAAGAUAACAUCCCUUCACUCACUUCAACUGCUGUCUCAAGCAACUCCCAGCCUCUCCACUUCACAAGCCCUCACUCGGAGCUCUUCUCUCUGCCUGCAGAGUGGCGGACCGCCCAGUUGGCUUUCUCAAAGCUCCAGGUUCUGCGACCCUGCUUCCCAGAGGCUUGGUUCUGCUUUUGUUUAUCCCAGCUGGUGGUGGAGAGUUUUGGGGAGGGAGACUUUGAGCAGGUGACGCUGGGUUUGCAGGAAGACCGUGCCCUGCGGGAGCUUUAUACCCAGGUGGUGCUAUCUUGCUGUUUGGCACUGGGGGCAGAUGCUCAGGUGUUCAGCCCCAAUCUGCUGUUCAGGCUGUACUGUGGGGACGGCCCCUGGACCGAGGGACUUGAGUGGCUCCGAGCCAAUAAAGAGCUGUAUCAGCUCACACUCAGGGCUUUCAGGUACAGUGUAAAACUCUUGGUAGACCAGGCAUCUCUUGGUCCUGUAGAGAGUCUGGAUGAGCUCUACACAACUUUGCAGGAUUACCAUGACAAUUGGUUUAUUGGCCUGGUAACAGACCGCAGUUGGCAAGACAGUGUUGCACAAGAGAAGCCCUUCUUAUUUUCUCUCGGACACGAUCUCACCAUGGGGACAUACACAAGCCGUGUGUUGUCCCUGCAGGAGAAUCUAGUCCAGGUGGGAGUUUUGAAUGAGGAGGGUGUGAGGGGCCAGUGGGCCAACCUGUCAUGGGAGCUACUAUAUGCCACUAAUGAUGAUGAGGAGCGCUACAGCAUUCAGGCACAUCCUGUGAUGCUGAGGAACCUAACCGUUCAAGCAGCUGAUCCACCUCUGGGAUACCCCAUCUAUUCAUCCCCACCCAUCCAUUUACGCUGCUUGUGAUAAUCACCUUCAUUCAGAGAUCAUGACACACACGGAUACUACCAGCACAUAAAUUUCAGAGUCAGACGUUUUUGCAUUUAAUUUCUUUUUCAUUGAGAGUAUGGUAAAAUAUUUUAUUGAACGUAUGAAGCAUUUAAAAAAAAAAAAAAAAAAAAACAUUUCUUGCUACUGUUGUAGUGACGUUUGACUUUUUUUUUAAAAAGAUAUGCAUGAAUAUAUGAAUGUCAGCAGCUGGUAAAUGUGCAAAACCCUUUCCACACAAUAAUGGUGUACAGCUUUCAGACACAAUGCCCAGUUUAAAUUUGUUCUCUGGAAAGUGUGCUCAACAAUUCUCUCAACAAUGAACCCUUGGGUGCUGCUACCAUUUCACAUUUUAAUUUUAUUUUUGUAUUUUUCCACUUUCUUGUUAAGCAUCCGUCAAGAGCCCUAAAAAGGAGAAACAGGAAAACAAUUGCUCUUCUAAAUAACCUAUUUGUCAGAUCUCAAGGAUGUGCCUUGGUUACUAUUUUCAGUGGUUAUGAAUAAUAUUUAUUUUUGUUCAAGUGACCACCUGGUGUUAUAAAUAUGACGGUAAAUUGGCUUUAUACGGUUGUUUAAUUGUAUGUACAGAAGAAAUACAAAUGUUUUAUAUGAA